GACGCAGAUGAAACAGGGCUGGAGAAAGGGAAAGGCAGGCGCAGGGGCCCUCGCUCGGCCUCAUGUCCGCGCUGCAGACGCGGUAGGCGCUCUCCCCACCGCGAUCUGGAGCCCUGGCUGCUGCACAUUGAGACCCAUCACCCGAUGCAAGGCGGAAGCCAGGCUCACGUCUCUCCUCAGAACCCACCUCACCUUCCAAGACGAAGCAGCAAACGGUUCACGCCCAGAGCCUUCCCGCGUGAAGAGCCCCAGGCGGGACCAGUGAGGCCGGCUCCAUGUACCCAGAAUCCACCACAGGCUCCCCGGCUCGGCUCUCCCUGCGGCAGACGGGCUCCCCCGGCAUGAUCUACAGUACUCGGUAUGGGAGCCCCAAAAGACAGCUCCAGUUUUACAGGAACCUGGGCAAGUCGGGCCUGCGGGUCUCCUGCCUGGGGCUGGGAACAUGGGUGACCUUCGGAGGCCAGAUCACCGACGAGAUGGCGGAGCAGCUCAUGACCUUGGCCUACGACAACGGCAUCAACCUCUUUGACACGGCGGAGGUCUACGCGGCGGGCAAGGCUGAGGUGGUUCUCGGGAACAUCAUUAAGAAGAAGGGAUGGAGACGGUCCAGCCUGGUCAUCACCACCAAGAUCUUCUGGGGAGGAAAAGCGGAGACCGAGAGGGGCCUCUCCCGGAAGCACAUCAUAGAAGGUCUGAAGGCCUCCCUGGAGCGGCUGCAGCUCGAGUAUGUGGACGUGGUGUUUGCCAACCGCCCGGACCCCAACACGCCCAUGGAAGGGGACCCAUUUAGUUCCUCCAAGUCCAGGACAUUCAUCAUAGAAGAGACCGUACGCGCCAUGACCCACGUCAUCAACCAGGGGAUGGCCAUGUACUGGGGCACAUCGCGCUGGAGCUCCAUGGAGAUCAUGGAAGCCUACUCGGUGGCCCGGCAGUUCAACCUGAUCCCGCCCAUCUGCGAGCAGGCGGAGUACCACAUGUUCCAGCGCGAGAAGGUGGAGGUGCAGCUGCCCGAGCUCUUCCACAAGAUCGGAGUGGGUGCCAUGACCUGGUCCCCUCUGGCCUGCGGCAUCGUUUCUGGAAAGUAUGACAGCGGCAUCCCGCCCUACUCCAGAGCCUCCUUGAAGGGCUACCAGUGGCUGAAGGACAAGAUUCUGAGUGAGGAGGGCCGGCGCCAGCAGGCCAAGCUGAAGGAGCUGCAGGCCAUCGCCGAGCGCCUGGGCUGCACCCUCCCUCAGCUGGCCAUAGCCUGGUGCCUGAGGAAUGAGGGCGUCAGCUCCGUGCUCCUGGGCGCGUCCAGUGCGGACCAGCUGAUGGAGAACAUUGGAGCCAUACAGGUCCUCCCCAAGCUGUCGUCCUCCAUCGUCCACGAGAUCGACAGCAUCUUGGGCAACAAGCCCUACAGCAAGAAGGACUACCGGUCCUAGGGGCCCGCUGGCCGGACACU